AUGUUCAAUAAACUCCGAUUUAUCAGAGGCGAUACAUACGAUGACCUUAUAGGAGAUUAUUCAAAUGACAAAGCCUUAUUUACAAGUCCAUUGAAUACUUCAGAUACAAUUUUUAUUAUUUCUAAAGGACCAUGCCAACCAGAUGGUCCAUUUCCGAAAAAAAUUAUUGGUAAUAAAAAUCGUUCAUUUUCUACUGAACAUUAUUACGCAAAAAGUCAAGGCGGUGUAAGUUUACAUCGUAAAUGGAUUUGUAAUUCAAAAUCGUUUGAUCUAGUUUAUUGUCAACUAUGUUGGUUAUUUUGUACGUCGAGUUCGUGGACUAAUGGUAUUAAAGAUUGGAAACAUAUAUAUCGGAAAAAAUUAAAUUGCAUGAAAAAAGUAUAUCUCAUAUAA